GCGAACCAAAAGAGAGGCCCAGCGGAUACCAGUCUCACCCUUGGGGCAUUUUCUUCACCAUUGUGGGCACCAUGCUCUUGGACUUCGAUGCAGACGCGUGCCAGAGUCCUUCGCGUGCCUACCUCCUCGAUGUCACUGUGCCAGAGGACCAUGCUGUAGGCCUGUCCACCUUCACCAUCAUGGCUGGGCUCGGCGGUGGCCUCGGGUAUGCCAUGGGAGGGAUUAACUGGGACGUCACUUUCAUCGGCUGGGUACUCGGAGGCCACGUGAGAGCCGUGUUCACUCUGGUCACGUUCAUCUUCAUAGGCUGCGUGUUCAGCACUCUCUACUCCUUCAAGGAAAUCCCCCUCGAAGUCCUCCAGAAGUCCUCCAAGGCCGAGCUCCAGAGGGGCAUGUCCACGGAGCAGCAAGUCCUAAGUCCGAGCGGCGCCGAGGAAGGGAAAGGCUAUGGCACCAUGGAUGACAAAGGGCCCUCCCGCCCCAGCUCCCUGCCGCUUCUGCAAAACGGCCACAGCGCAGACCCGGCCGUGGAGGGCCAGCCGGAGUACGCAGGUCCUGAGGGCGAGAGCCAAGGGUACCAGGACAAGCAGGACGAGGCGGGAUACGACCAGGAGACGUCCUUCAACCAGCAGGAACCCAGCGCAGUGGUGAAGGAGGGAGAGCAAAUGCCUGACGGAGGCGAAGAGGCAGCAGUCCCUGGGGCUACACUAAGGCAGUAUCUCCUCUCCAUCGUGUACAUGCCUAAGUCGCUCCGUAUCCUGUGUCUGACGAACCUGUUCUGCUGGAUGUCACUCGUCUGCUAUUCCCUCUACUUCACUGACUUCGUGGGGGAGGCGGUGUUUGGUGGGGAUCCUCAGGCACCGGACGGGAGCGUGGCGAGAGCCCUGUACGAGGAGGGCGUGCGCUUCGGCUGCUGGGGCAUGGCACUCUACUCCCUCUCCUGCUCCCUCUACUCGUUCCUGAUCGAGAAGAUGGUCAAGGUGUUCGGUGCCAAACCGGUGUACAUCUGCGGCCAGCUGGUGUACAGUGUUGGAAUGAUGUUCAUGGCGUCCCUGCGUCACCCCGCGGCGGUCAUCAUAUUCUCCUGUUGUGCCGGGGUCAUGUAUUCCACGUUGUUUACCAUGCCUUACCUCCUCGUGGCUCACUAUCACGCUUCGGAGACGUUUAAAACGGAAGAAGGCGUUCUCGCAGACGGGCCAGAGCAGCAAGUCCGGGGCCUCGGGACAGACGUGGCCAUCAUAUCUUCCAUGGUUUUUCUCGCGCAGUUUAUUCUCUCCUUAUGCAUGGGCUCCAUCAUCGCCGCCGUCGGGUCCACCACCGCCGUCGUCUGCGCAGCGAGUGUGUUGGCUGCUUGUGGGGCUAUUUCGGCUACGCAAGUCAUCUAUCUCGAUCUCUAAUCCGUUCUCUGUGAUUCGCGCGAGCUACUAUAGAAAAUCGAGCCCAAACUAUAAUAUUUCUUUGUCCCCCCCCCAUAAAAAAAAAUUAAAAAACUACACCGAAAGUAAGAGGGGAAGA